AUGGAGAAUCCUGAGAACGUUUUACACCUGGAUCAUGCUGCUGACGUUGAGGUCGGUGAUGCGAAGGGUUUGGAGUCACAAGCGAGUGCAGGGGCUGGUCGCAGCGUGAUGUUUGGAGUAAAAGAAGGUGAUGAGAAGGAUGGAGAUGAUUUCAGCAAAGGGAAGGAGGCCACUGAGGCUAGUGGCGAUGGGGUCAGUGAAGGGAGAAGUCCCUGUGAGCUGGAUGAAGGCCAAGGCAUAGGCAUGGGAGGAAGUGCCUAUGCGUAUGAUCAUUCAACAGCCUUGAGCGGAAGCCUCAGUAUAGACUUGUCCAAAGAGAUGAAGGGCGAGCAUUCGUCAGAGAUUGUUGGUGAGCAAGGCGGAGCACAAAACCCCAGUGAAGGCAGUCCUCCUCCAGUGGACAAGCGUCUGCAGUCAGGCUUUGACGGGCUGAUGCAGGCAAUUGAGUCGCUGGCCACCAUGAGUGUUUCUCGCUCUCCUGGAGCCAAGCCAUGGGCCUCAAGCAACCGAGAAACAGACAAGGGAGCAACCAGUCACAGGCUCCCUGCAGCAUCACCGGAGCACACUGAAGAGUUUGCUCACAGGGCAGGGGUGCUGAGCCUGCAGCAGCAGGCAGCGUGGCUGUGGGGCAGUGCACAGCACAUGGCUGCACGGGGCACAAGGCCCAGCUCUGCAUCUAGCGAUGGGGACUCCCAGGCCAGGGGUAGCGGUGUGGAGCACGACAGGACGAGUGGGAGGGCGAGUGAUAGGGUGAGUGGGCUGUCAGGUAUACAAGUGCCAGAAGCAGCUCGAAUAUGA